AUGGCUACCAAUUACUUUUCUAAUGAAAAUAAGCUCUGUCGAGGAGGAUUUGAUCUGUAUAUAAGGAAUCUUGUAAGACUUUUAGGUUGUUGCACUCAUGGGGAUGAAAGGAUAUUAAUAUACGAGUAUUUGCCAAAUAAAAGUUUGGAUUCAAUUCUAUUUGAUGAAAGAAAGAAAGUUUGUCUUGAUUGGAGAAAGCCUGUCUCCAUAAUUGAUGGGAUUGCUCAAGGGCUUUUGUACCUCCAUAAGUAUUCAAGAAUGAGAAUUAUUCAUAGGGAUAUAAAAACAAGCAACAUUUUACUAGACAUUCACAUGAACCCAAAGAUUUCAGAUUUUGGGACGGCUAGAAUAUUUAAAGAUAAUGUUUAUCAAGCAAGCACAAAAAGCAUUAUUGGGACUUAUGGUUACAUGUAUCCGAAAUAUGCAAUGAAUGGUUGUUUCUCUGAGAAGUCUGAUGUUUUCAGCUUUGAAGUCAUGGUAAUGGAGAUUAUUGUGAGUGGAAAGAGAAAUAAUGACUUCUACAAUCCACAUCAUGUUUCAAAUUUACUUAGUUAUGCUUGGGACGUAUGGAUAGAAGGAAGAAUUUCUGAAUUAAUAGAUCCAACAAUGGACAAAACAGUUUCAGUGAAUGAAGUAAUAAGAUAUAUUCAAGUAAGUUUGCUGUGUGUUCAAGAUAGUGCUGCAGAUAGACCAACUAUGUCAGAUGUGGUAUCUAUGCUUGGUAAUGAAUUAAUAGUCUUACCUACCCCUAAACAACCCGGUUUCUCUACUGUCAUCGGCUUAAGAUAUGAUGAUGUCGGUAACAAUCCUGAAGUUGGCUCUAUUAAUAUGGUCACAAUUUCAGACAUUGAAGGUGUAAGGUGUAUCGCUCUUUGUUGGUGUAUCUGGCGUGAACGUAACGAGGUUGUCUGUAAUCAGAAGCAAUGGCAGUCUGCUAAGGUUAUUAUGGAUGUUCAGUGGUGCGUGCAUGAAUGGCAAACCUUUCUAGUUGAUUCUCCAGUUGGUGCUUCUAUCCUUGUUGACAAAGCUAAGGCAAGUUCUAUCUCUUUGCCGGUGGAUUUUGUCACCGUACGGUUCACACCGAUGCUGCUGUUUAUGGAUUCCCAGGAGGUCACCUUUGGAGCAAUUAUCAAACACAAUCAUGGGGUGUACAUUGCUGCGAAAAAUGGCCAUAUUAGAUGUCUUCUUGAUGAUCAUAUUGCGGAGGCAGUAGUGAUCAAAGAGGCCUUAUCAUGGGUCAAGGAGCGAGGCUAA